AACAAUGCCUGCUCAAGAAGAAGUACCCUAUGCCUUCAUCAUCCAGACCGGGUCAAAUUAUCCGCAGCUCCAAAAGAGCAAGAAAUGGUGCGACGGAACUAUGAUCAUAACCAUCAACCCAGGAUCUGACAGCACUGAAUCCCAACCUAUCAGGGUCACUGAGAGCUUUGACUUCGACACUGAGGGAAGUGUUAGGAUUCAGCACUGGCUGCCUGACACGAUUGGAGUACCCAAACUGCUGAAGGUGGAUUUGGAGAGUAAUAAGUUGGAGCUGAUUAAAGAUGCCCUUUUUGUGCGGGAGAUCACCAUUAUCUUUAACUAUCAGGUCUAUCGUUUUCCCAUCAAGAACUUUGUGUAUCCACACAACCCGAUGCGAGGAAAUCCUACUGUUGCUAAGAUGGGAUGUCCACCACAUUUUCUAAUCCGAGAAGGGACUGGAACUCUGAAACACCAUGAAACCGAGGAAUUCAUCAUCAAAGCAAGAGAAGAAGAUUUGGAGACGACUCAAUCCAUGGUAAAGUGGGUGGAUCCCGCAAAAGAGGAAGGUACAUUACUGUAUCCAGGGUACUUGGGAGUCAAGGAUUACGACAAGUUACCCAGGUUCUUGCAGUUCAGAGAGGCUCGUUUGGAAGUGUACCUGGCUUUAAAGCUGGGAGGAAAGAGUGAAGUUCAAAAGAACGCCCUUCAAAACGUUCUCCAAAAAAUAAUUUUCAGUUACGAGGAGGAAAGGUUUGACUCUUUUGACCAUUACAGAGACCAUAUGAUGAUAAAGGCUGAAGAAAUGGGCUGGGAUAAAACUCAAAUUUACGAAGCACAGAAAGCUAUCAAAAUUUGGCAUAAGGAUGAAGAGUUUGGUCGACAAAUGCUUUGUGGACCACAUGCAAUAAAACUUAGGAAGGUGGAAUCUUUGGAAGGACGAUGGAAAGAGGGUGUUGAGAGAUCACUGAUUAUUCACUGGAAGGAAAGUCACCCCAACAGGUGUUGGAGGACGGACACUUAUUUGAAGUGACGACAGAUGGAUUAAUCGGAGUUAAGCAUGGAGGUAAGCAGAGUCUGAAAGUGACUGGAACUAAACAAACAUGGUAUGUAACUCUGGCUGAUUGUCUUCUUUACCAGACCACCGACGGUCGAAUGAUUCCCGUGUUGAUACGGCUGGAAAAUAGAAACGACGGAAAACCCCAAACCUGGUGGACACCUCCAAAGCCAGGGACAGACAAAGAAGAUCCGGAAUAUCUGAAGUGGCUCUUAGCCAAGAUUUACUUUAGGAGCUCGGACUUGAACAGGUAUUCCCUAUGUGCACAUUUUGCAAGAGCCCAUGGUGUAGGAGAAUCCUUUGGAGUGGCUGCAUAUCGGAACUUGCCGAACGCUCACCCAAUACUGAGACUUCUGCAGCCACACAUACAGGGAAUUGUACCUGUUAACGUGCAAGCAAGAGUUAUUUUCAUGAAUCCUGAGGAGGGCGGCUUUUCUAUGUUCUUAGGAGUCGGUGAUGAAACGAGGAAAGUUUUUGACAAUUAUUACAAACAAUUCUGCUACGAAGAGCUUCUGUUCCCCAAAGGUGUAGAGGAUCGUGGAGUUAAGGACAUUCCCGAAUAUCUGCACAGGGAUGAUAUGAUGGCUAACUGGAAGAUAAUUGAAAGUUAUGUAAUUGAAAUGGUUGGUUUGGCAUACCUAUCAGAUGAGGACGUUCAAAAAGACGAGGAAAUCCAAAAUUUCUGCAAAGAAAUAGUCGAAAAUGGUUUCCGGAGAUUCGAAAAUGGUGCCGGAUUCCCAAAAUCACUGUCAACCAAAGAAAAACUUAUCGAGCUUCUGACAGCUAUCAUCUUCAACUUCUCUUUCUACCACGCCUCUGUUAACUUCCAAACGUUCACCUACUCCUUCGCACCAAAUUUUCCUACCUGCAUGAGAAUGGCCCCACCUAAUCAAGACGAAGUGAUUACCAUGGACAGGAUCCUAGACACCCUACCAGUAGGAGAAAUAGCGUUCCUUGGCUACAACGUGGCGUACAACCUUGGAGUGUACUCUCCAAUCGAGAGGUUCUUCCUGGGAGAUGCUGCUGAAGAUAAACUGGGCAUCAUCGGAGAAAACAUGGCAGUAGCUCCAGAACAGGAAGCAUGUAUCCGGAGAAUGGCAGAGAGAAUGAGGGAGCUCAAGGUAAAGAUAGAUGCUAGAAAUGUGGGACGUUAUUUAAAGUAUGAUCUUUUGAGUCCAGAUAAUGUCCCUUUAACCACUCAGACUUGAUUCAGGGUAACAAGAUUUGCAAAUACAACUUGAUUCAGGAUAACAAGAUUUGCAAGUACAACUUGAACAGAAUAUUCUUUGUCGACUCAA